AUGGCGAUCUCCCACCUCGCCCGCCGCCUCCUGAGCCCCUCGACCGCCACCACCACCGCCAAGCUCUUUCCCGGCACGAGCUUCUCGAAUCCCCACGCCUAUGCGCGAAACCCCCUCCUCCUACUCGACCCCCACUGCCGCUUCUCCGCGAGCCCAAACACCACCCCUAACCCCGCCGCCGCCGCCGCCGCCGCCGCUCCAGAAGCCGCCCCGGCUCCAGAAACCACCCCCCUGGAGUCGAUGAAGCACCAGGAGAUCGAGGGCCCCACGGUGGAGCGCGACCUGUCGCCGCUCGCCGACGAGGCGCGGGCGGAGCUCGACGCCCUCCGCCGCGCCGCGCAGCGCCUCAGCGCCUCCCUCGCGAUCCUCGGCGGGACGCACCUCGCUGCAGGAGCGUGGAUCGCCUCCGGGGCCGCGCCCGUCGGGGUCGAGUCGGCCGCGUUGGUGCAGGGCGUGGCGGCGUUCGCGUUCCCCUUCACGGCCGCCCUGGUGCUUCGCCGUGUCAUCAAGCCCGUCGCCUUCUUCCAGAAGAUGGAGGCCAACGGGAGGCUGCAGGUGCUCACGCUUUGCCUUCAGGCCUCGAAGAACGUUAACCUCAUGAUGCUCCGGACGCGGGUGGUCGCCAUCUCUUGCGCCCUCGGAGUGUCGGUCGGAUCGGUAGCCACGAUCUUGAUGCGGUAA